GUUUUGCCUGGUUAGGUUACUAGAUCAGGAAAACUCUCCUGGCACCAGAUAAACUGUCAUUUCUCCCAUGCAUGACUGAUUUUACUAUGAAAGAACCACAGCAAUUUACUACGCAUCGCAUAAUGUAAUUGUAAUAGUCAUGCACCUCCCCAGCCUAACCAAACCACACCACACCUCCCCUCCCUACUUCCUUCCUUCCUUCCUCUCUCUUUCGUGAAAAGGAAACUUUACUCGGUCUUUAUUGCUUCGGUGAAAAGGAAACUUCACUCCGCGUGCUCUGUCAGAGUCUGUGUGUAAAGAGAUAAAUAUAUAGCACAGCGCAUUUCAACGUGAUGGGACAUUCAUCGAAGACAGAGCUCUGCAAUUAACUUCAUCCUUGACAACAACACAUUGGUGUGGUAUCAGGGGUUACCGAACAACAGUCUGACUGUGGAAUAAGACUUUGGAGAAAUUGAUGACAAGUUUACAGAUCUGAGUGGGAUUGUAGCAGGAGCAAGAGCAAAGGACACAUACUUUUCGAUUGACCUUGGUCUAAGAUGGUUGAAGAGAAAAUUAUUUUUUAUCACUCCAAGUAAUAAUGAAAAUUAGAUGUUUUUUUCCAAGCAGACUGCGGAAGAAGCAUUUUAUUUCUUCAUUAUCGUCGCUGUUGGUGAUCUGUGCCUUGCUGCUCCUCUGCCUAAAGGUCACCGUUAAAAACAGUGUGAUUGUUGAACAGUACGGGACUACCGCAGGCUACGAUGACGUCGAGCCUCCCCACCGCUACAACAUUGACUGCAAUGCCAUCUACAACAUGGAUCCGGCCGAGGUGGGGAAGUCACUGGUCAUCAGAAAACAAGGGGUGGUGUGGGAGCAGGAUGAGAGCUUGAUCAACCUGACCUCUAACUGCCCGCGCUACCUCCGCUCCCGGGGCUAUGGCACCGUCCAGGUGUCAGAGGAGGAGCAGGCCUUUCCACUGGCUUACUCCCUGGUGGUCCACAAAUCUGCCUUCAUGGUGGACAAGAUCCUCCGGGCCGUCUACACCCCUAACAAUAUCUACUGUAUCCACUACGACCUGAAGUCAUCAGAACUGUUCAAAGAGGCCAUGGAGGGUCUGGCCCGCUGUCUGCCCAACGUCUUUAUCGCCUCUAAGCUGGAGACAGUGCUGUACGCCAGCAUUAGCCGCCUCAAAGCCGACCUUAACUGCUUGUCUGACCUCAUGGGGUCAGAGGUCAAGUGGAGGUAUGUCAUCAACCUGUGCGGCCAGGACUUUCCCUUGCGCUCCAACAUAGAGCUGGUGGCCGACCUGAAGAAGCUCCAGGGGGGUAAUAUGAUGGAGACGAGUCGUCCAAGCAAAUACAAGAAGCAGCGUUUCUCCUUCCACCACAAGCUGCAGAACGCCGCCUUCGAGUACAUCCAGAUGCCGGUGAAAACCGACAAGGCCAAGGAGCCUCCCCCACGCGGCAUCCAGAUGUUCAUCGGCAGUGCCUACUUCGUGCUCUCGUGGGAGUUUGUAGCGUAUGUGAACACGUCUACACUGGCUAGGGAUUUCCUGGUGUGGUCGAACGACACCUACUCCCCAGACGAACACUUCUGGGCCACUCUGACACGGGUGCCGGGCGUGCCGGGCGAGGUGCCCCGGACCCAGGCCGACGUCACAGACCUAAUGAGCAAGACCAGGCUGGUGAAGUGGAGUUACCUGGAGGGACCACUUUACCCAACAUGCACAGGGAAACAUGUCCGCAGUGUGUGUAUCUAUGGGGCUGGGGAGCUGUACUGGCUCAUGAACUACGGCAGCUGGUUCGCCAAUAAGGUGGACCCCAAAGUUGACCCAGUCCUUAUCCAGUGUCUGGAGGAGAAAUUAGAGGAGAAACAGAGACUCUUGGUCAAGGCUAAGAAGUCACAACCAAAGACUCUGGAAAAUGUUAAAUUAAUUGAUGAAUGAUUGAUUGAUUAAUAAUUGCUUGAUUCAUGUUGGAAUAUGAACUACUGUAAUUACAGCACCAUUUUAGUAUAUAUUUUUUUUUACAGUUUUUGUGUGCGAGUUGAUUAUGUCAGAAACUUAAUUGAGAUGUGCUUUAAGGUACUAAUGAAAGAUGAAGUGGAAUGCUGGAUGAGAGACUCUGUCAGAUCUCUGGGUUAGAGUUGAACUAUUGUUUUGCACCUUGAUACUUGACGUGGGGAAUGUUUGUCAUAGCCUGACUUGAAUGUGAUAUGGAUCAGGGUAACAUAACCAGGGUAUAACCUCUGCUCACAGGGUGAAAGCCUGUGACAACCAGUGUAUAAUGACUAUGUAUAUUUAACUAAUACCCACUGGGCACAAACUGGUUGAGUCAAAUCAAAAUCUAAUUUUAUUUGUCACAUACACAUGGUUAGCAGAUGUUAUUGCGAGUGUAGCGAAACGUUGUUUCCACGUAAUUUCAAUAAAAUGAUGUUGAACCAACAUAGAAUUGACAUCUGUGCCCAGUGGAUACUGACAGACAGGCGUUAAUGAUUAUGGCGACUCUGUGCACAUGCACAGCCAGACAGAACAAAUUAUAUGCAACCUUGUUAAAUGCUGUAGCCUAUUCACUGUGAGAACAUUUUGGCCAAAGUAAAAUGUUUAGACUGGUGAUUUCUAAAGUGAUUUCUCUGUUUCUCAAAGCAAUACUCAAUCCACAUGUUGUUUUAAUGAUUUCAAUGAAAGAGUAUUUUUAAGAGAUAAAUAAAUGUGAAAGAAAGCGGGGCAGAGACAUAGAAAGUGUUUGUAUUCCAAAGGAGGAGUUUACUUUUGACUCCAGAUUGAAGUCAAAGACCACAUGUUAUCCUCUCACAUCCCAUGUUAGAAGGGGACAUGCAGAUCUGUAUCAUGACUACCUCUCAAGCCCAUAAAAUAAUUGUGAAUAUUGGUGCAACAAGCUCUGCUUUGCUCUUUAUCUAUCUUAGUAUCAUCUGUCACAUACCCAAACUGCCAGGACGUUUCGCAUAAAUAAACCCCUAGUUUAUUUAAUAGUGAAUGUACCCACAUGAUAAUGCAGUAUAAUGAGUAUUUAAUGGGGAAUCAGAGGGUAAACGGGGGAAAUGUCAGCUCUGGAUCAAUAGUUUCCACCACACUUAACAGCUGCCUAAAGUUGCCUUUACAAACAGAGUAAAGCCAAUAAUGAUCACACAUGAACACUCCUAUUAGAAGUGAAACAGCCUUUUUAUACCAGGUUUUCGAAUUGAGAAACUUCAUGGCAGUAGAGUUUCAGAAAUGAUUAAAAAAAAAACAUGAAAUCAACCUACACAUCGUGAAAACAUUGUAAUAAGCACCUAAUGACUAGGGAAGGUAGCAGAUAUUUUGGUUCUUGUGUUUUACUUGUCUUUGAAUAAAAGUUGGAUUUUAACUGGU